CGAGCCAGCCUGAAACUGAAGCGCGGCCGAGGGGCUCUUGGGAGGAGCUAAGAGCCAGCGGCAGUGCCAGGAUGCUGCCUAUGCUCGCACCCAUGUUCAGCUGCCUCUCGGGUCCCGUCACAGCCUUCUUGCUCAACCACAGCGUGCUCAGGAUGGAAAGGGCUCUCUCCUCUUUGGAAGACAGCGUGGAGACCAAAGCUGUGGUCUCUUUCUCAGGCUUUCUGUAGCCAGCCUGUGCUGGGGCAAAGGAAAGUACUUCAUGGCCCAAAGGCACAGGAAGAUGGAACGACAAGGGGUAGGCCGGGUGCUCAGGAUCCUCCGGAACCAGCUGCCUCGACUCCGAGCAGGACCUCACCAGGACAAUCCAGGGGAAGGUGCCAAGGAACUAGAGAGGACCCAGGAGCACGCUCUUCCCAGCUUUGCUGGGGGGCAGCACUUCUUUGAAUACCUUGUAGUGGUUUCUCUCAAAAAGAAGCGUUCGGGGGAUGACUAUGAGCCCACCAUCACCUACCAGUUCCCCAAGAGGGAGAAUCUUCUUCGGGGCCAGCAGGAGGAGGAGGAGCGGCUGCUCAGUGCCAUCCCCUUGUUCUGCUUCCCAGACGGGAAUGAGUGGGCACCUCUCACCGAGUAUCCCAGGGAGACUUUCUCUUUUGUCCUGACCAACGUGGAUGGGAGCAGGAAGAUUGGAUACUGCAGGCGCCUGUUGCCUGCUGGCCCUGGCCCUCGCCUUCCAAAAGUGUACUGCAUCAUCAGCUGCAUCGGCUGCUUUGGCUUGUUCUCCAAGAUCCUGGAUGAAGUGGAGAAGAGGCAUCAGAUUUCCAUGGCUGUCAUCUACCCGUUCAUGCAGGGCCUCCGAGAGGCAGCUUUCCCUGCUCCUGGAAAGACUGUCACCCUCAAGAGCUUCAUCCCUGACUCAGGCACAGAGUUCAUUUCUCUGACACGGCCCCUGGACUCCCACCUCGAACAUGUGGAUUUUAGUUCUCUGUUGCACUGUCUCAGCUUUGAACAGAUUAUUCAGAUCUUUGCCUCUGCAGUACUGGAAAGAAAAAUCAUCUUCCUGGCAGAAGGUCUCAGCACCCUGUCUCAGUGCAUCCACGCUGCCGCCGCACUGCUGUAUCCCUUCAGCUGGGCACACACCUAUAUUCCUGUUGUCCCUGAGAGGCUCCUUGACACUGUCUGCUGCCCCACCCCCUUCAUGGUUGGCGUACAAAUGCGCUUUCGGCAGGAAGUUAUGGACAGCCCAAUGGAAGAGGUCCUGUUGGUGAAUCUUUGUGAAGGAACAUUUUUAUUGUCUGUUGGUGAUGAAAAAGACAUUCUACCACCAAAGCUACAAGAUGACAUCUUAAACUCUCUCGGUCGGGGGAUUGAGUUAAAGACUCCAGAAGAAAUCAAUGAGCAUGUUUCAGGUCCUUUUGUGCAGUUCUUUGUCAAGACGGUGGGCCACUAUGCUUCCUAUAUCAAGCGGGAGUCAAACGGGCAAGGUUACUUCCAAGAACGCUCCUUCUAUAAAGCUCUGGCCUCCAAGACCAACCGCCGAUUUGUGAAGAAGUUUGUGAAGACACAACUCUUCUCCCUUUUCAUCCAGGAAGCUGAGAAGAGCAAGAAUCCACCUGCAGGUUAUUUCCAAAAGAAAAUACUUGAAUAUGAGGAACAGAAGAAACAGAAGAAAACAAGGGAAAAGACUGAUACAAGAACUGUGGUGAACAGGAGAGACUAGACCUAUAGGUCAGUUGUGGACUUUGGUCCCUGCCAGUGUGGUAGGACUGGCAACUCUCAGCUUCUAGAAUUCACUGCUUCCGAGUCCUGAGUCCCAGUGACUGGGUCUUGCUUCAAACCGGUAUACGAGUUUGGGAUCCUUGGUAUCAACCUCCCUAGGACUUUUGAGGGCUUUGUCCCCAAACUCAAAGAACUGGACUCCAAACUACGUGUUUUUCAGAAGAGGCAGAGCAGGAAACAGCACUGGUGUUGUAGGUGCUUGGUUGGAAUGCACUGUAAGCUAUCAUCUCCUGGAAGCCAUUAUUAGAAGAUCCUGCACAGAGAAAGGCCCCAAAGUGUGGUUCCUUCAAACAAACAAACACAUGGAGGUCUGAGGACAUGUGAGGAUGAGAGUUAAGAUGAAAAUCGUGUUCUGUGGGGCAAUACAUGAGAGAAUAAACUGGACUAGAAGUGGGCUGUGGUUGGAGUCACAGAACCAUAUGGGGCAGAAGCUUUAUUUUUUGAGGUGGCAAUGGGGAUUAAAUCUAGGGCCUCUGUAUUGAGCUUCAUUUUCAGUCUUUUUUUUUUUCUUUUCUGAGAGUCUCACCUAAAUCACAAAGUUGUGACCCUACUGCUUCAGCCUCUCAGACAGCUGAGAUUAUCCAUGUACGCUACUAUGCCAGGGUAGCAACUCCACUUCUGACAGGAAGGUCAAAAAAUCCUGGUAAAGGCAGCAGCAGCACCAGACACAAGGCAGCAGUCUGGUUCUCAAGAGGUCCUUCUAGGCUGCCAGCUGCCAGAGAAUCUCAGACAACAGAGGCUAGCAUGGAUACUGCCUGGCUUUUGUAAAUAGGCUGACUGCCUACCACUCCGUCUGGACCAGUACUUUACCGUCUGUCUUACACAUCCUACCUCCACCUGCUUGUUAUUUUGAGAAACGUUUUUUUUUUAAGCUAAAGGUGGAGGGAUCCCUGACUUGACACAUAUUUUUCUGCAGCCCCCCCAACCCCCCCGAAUAAUCACUAUAAGCAU